AUGGCAAGCGGGAUUUUGGGGAAAAAUUUGAACGAUCAGAAAGAAGGAGCACAAAUACGAAGAGCUGCAUUAGCAGAUAUGAAAAACGUUGUAACAAAUGAAGACAAUAAGAAAAUCGGCAAAGAUGAAGGUGAAAGCAAAUUUUCGUUGCUUUCUAGUAAAUUGCGGCGAUCAUCUUCAGCAUCACCAAAACGUGUACGAACGAAAGCAUUGGAGAAAAAGCAACCUAAAUGUGGCAUCACCUUAGGCAAGGGUUUGACAGAGCUCGGACCACUCAUAACGAAUGCAGGUAUGAACCUGCGUAGUCGACAUGUUUUAAAAUCUGAUGCAUUUCCAUCUAGUCAGCAUUUAAAGCUAAAGCCAACUUCUAACGAAAUAGCUGUGCAAACUGCUCCUGCCCAACCGGAAGCAAUAAAGAAAUUGUUAAAACCGUUACCAUUUUGUAAUGGAAAACGUAGUUCUGAUGACACAUACAAUAACGAAGUGGUAUACUGCGAACAGUAUGCAGCUGAUAAUUGGGAUUAUUUAUUUUAUAUCGAGAAUAAAGGAGUGGUGCCGUCGAAUUUCUUGCACGGAUCGAGGAUCACACCCAGAAAUCGAAUGAUUGCAAUAGACUGGAUUACUCGCAUGCAAAUUACUUUCAAGCUGUUACCAGAGACACAGUUAACAACGGUUAAUCUCUUCGACCGUUGUUUAAUGGCACGACGCUUUACACUUGAAAAGAGAGAAAUUCAACUAAUUUCUCUGGGCUGUGCUGUUGUAGCAGCUAAAUAUGAAGAAAUUUAUCCACCUGAAAUAUCUGAAUAUCUUAGCUCUUGUGACAAUACAAAGCAGGAGAUCGUGCGGGCGGAAAUCAAUGUGUUACAUCUCUUGAAUUUUGAUCUGAGAUAUCCUCGUGCCAUUCAAUUUAUCCGUCGUCUUACGGAACAUUACGAUCUUAGCGUUCAUACAUUGGCUAAAGUUAUUAGUGAAAUAGCAUCAUACGACUAUAAUACAUGCUGUAUGAAACCGUCGGUUAUUGCAGCUAUUUCAGUAUUCAUUGCAGCUGCACUGGAAGGAGUUGAAUUUCCAGAUAAGUUACAUCGUUUAGCAAGAGUAUCGAAGGCAGAAGCUGAACGACUAGCACCUAUUUUUGCAUCAGCCAUACUAGAAUUGAUUAGAAAUGAAAAAAGUUAUGGUGCUAUCUAUAGGCGAAUGUGCACUCAAAGAAGAAUGGUUUUCACCAAUGAAAAUAUUGCUUAUUUGACUUCACUUGUGACCAUAAGUCACUGA